AUGUCAGAUAACGAGGAUGUGGAUGGAAUGGUAGAUGAAGGACAAGACUUCUAUCAGGAUGCUGGAAUGGAAGAGGAAGAUAACGUUGCGCCAAUGGAAGAUGAUUCAAAUGUUGUUACCUCUGGUGCUGCGAUCACUGGAUCCACGGCUACAGUCGCAAAUGAAGACAGAGUGACAACUCCAUAUAUGACUAAAUACGAAAGGGCACGUAUUCUAGGUACACGUGCAUUGCAAAUUUCUAUGAACGCACCUGUUCUCGUUCCAAUUGAGGCUGGUGAGACUGAUCCUCUGCAAAUAGCAAUAAAAGAGUUGUCAUCUAAGAAAGUCCCGUUGAUUGUGAGAAGAUACUUGCCAGAUGGUAGUUAUGAGGAUUGGCAGUGUCAGGAGUUGAUUACUGAUUAG